CCCGAGUCAAUCAAGCGGAAAUCUAAACAGGUGGUAUUCACAGAACAUCCCCUGAUGGGGGGCAAUUGUUGGGCAUGUGACUCGGACCUAGCCGCGCCAGAGGAACGCACCGACACUACCCCAAAUGCCGCCAAACCCGUUAGGACGCGACGCGACCGAAGACCCCAGCGCGGUCCAGCGCGAAAAUCCCAGCGAGCGCGACACUGUGAAGGCGGACCGGCGCGAAGACCUUGAGCGCGGCACAGGCUACGCGCACGUGGAAGGGUCAAAGCGUGGACCAGACCAAAUAGCCGCAGAAAGCGUCGUCUCGCUUCCCGAGGGGUAGUCACAUCAGGGUCCCAAGCACAGUCAUAGGUAAGCCUCUGACAUGUCCUAGGUAUAGGCAUGGCCUAAAUCCCUGACAUGUCAGUGGUCAUGUCAAUGUACCAUCAUGUAGCUCGACCACUCACCCACCACCAUGUAGCCUAUAAAUAUGGCAUUUACUC